AUGAAAGUCAGUGGCGGCAUGUCGAAGAAGUCUACGAACUUCAUGUCGGCCGUCCCCGAAGCAAAGGACGAAGAAAUGGGCAAGGAGCUCGAGUCGGAGUUCGACGAGUCGGAAAUGGACAAGGGCACCGGGGUUGAGUCUAGCACCGAGGAGAUUGCCGCCAAGGAGAACAAGGCUGUGCUCUGGAGCAAGGCCUUGGUUGUUCUGGUGAUUGUGGUUGUCGCGGCUGCCAUUGGAACCGUUACGCUGAAAUUCAUCCAGGCUCAGGAGGAGAAGGCGUACCAGGACCACUUCGACAAGGUCAGCAGGGAGCUGGUUACCUUCUCUCAGACUCGUGCACGAGAGAUCUUUGACAACCUCGAGGCGUUCAGCGCGCAUGUGACUUCUGUUGCUGCCAUUGAGCAUAUGGUUUGGCCUUUCGUUGUCAUCCCCGACUUUCAAGUCCAUGGUGUCGUCGCCAACACGAUGACUGGAGCUUCAAUGCUUACCAUCAACCCCAUUGUCAAACACAAGGAUCGUGAAGCGUGGGAGAACUUCACGGCUGAGAACCAAGGCUGGAUGGCUGAAGCACACAUGUACGAUGACGAAGUCAGUCCUGGGCUCUACACGGAUGAGCGUUAUGAGAUACGCCGCUCGGGCAACGUCAAUCGGACCACCGAAAGGAUCUCUGCUCCCUCUCACAACAGGACCUCCACAAACAGAACCUCCACAAACAGAACCAGGACGUUCAGCCGCGACACCGGCCGUAGCGAUGACCUUUGGAAUGUGACCGGGAUCAAGCCCUUCAUUUGGGAAGUGAACUACACGGGUAUGCGUGCGGCCAGACUCAGUGGCGGCAACUGGUCUCGAUCUGAUUUUGAACUUCCUGCCAAAAAGGCCAAGGAGUACUACCCAGUGUGGCAGCGAGCUCCACUGGAAGACUUCAACCCGAACAUGAAUGAAAACUUUGCUGCCAAGGCGAUCUUCAAGAAGGUGAUCUCGGCAAUGAUUGAAGCGAAUCGCCCGGUCCUCACUGAAGCCAUAGAGGGUCGAUUCCUUGAUGGAGACUACGACAGACGCUUUGACCCCCACACUCAGACCGAACCCCACAGCUACUUACUCCAGCCGAUCUACGACUCGCUCAAGAACGACCGCCAAGCCGUCGGAGUUCUAUCGGCCUUCUUCCGGUGGGGUCUCUUCUUCAAGAAUGUUUUGCCCGAGGGCGAGGAUGGUGUCAUGGUCUUCUUGAACGGUACUUGUGGCCAGUCGUUCACCUACGAGCUACAGGGAAAGAAGCCCGUCUACCUUGGUCAAGGGGAUCUUAUCGAGCACGAUGACAGGGACAUGCGCGUUCAGUUUGAGGUUGCUCCAUUUGCCACGAUAGAGUCCAGUGGAAACAAGACUUACUGCCAGUAUCAAGUCGAGAUCUAUCCCUCCGCGCAGUUCAAAGCGAAGCACUUUACCAACGAUCCUUACUUGUACGCCGGCGCCGUGGUGUCCUGCUUCGUGCUCACUACAUUGGUGUUUGUCAUCUACGACUGCAUGGUUAGACUUCGUAACAAGAGGGUCAUGGAGACAGCAACAAAGUCCCAUGCCAUCGUGUCGCAACUCUUCCCCUCCAACGUGCGCGAUCGCCUCAUGAAUGAAGUUGCGCAACAAGAAGAAGACAAGCAGAAGAAAUCGUCCAAGAAUGCGUUCCUAGUCGAUUCAUCUCGGAGCGCAGACAUCACCUCCCCCUACAGUCCCAGUGAAGCAAUUUUCGGAUCGAAACCCAUCGCCGAUUUGUUCCCCGAAUCGACGAUUAUGUUUGCUGACAUGGUUGGAUUCACGGCUUGGUCCAGUGUUCGCGAGCCUUCACAGGUGUUUUCCUUGCUUGAGACUGUCUAUCACAGCUUUGAUGCUGCAGCGAGACGCAUGAGGGUGUUCAAAGUUGAGACGAUCGGAGAUUGUUAUGUUGCAGUUUGCGGUGUCCCCACUUACAGAAAGACCCAUGCCACCGUCAUGGCUCGGUUUGCAUGUUUUUGUGCAACCAAGAUGGUCGACCUCUGCCGUGACUUGGAAAUGUCCCUCGGACCUGGUACUGAUGCUCUUCGAAUGCGCGUCGGCCUUCACAGUGGUCCUGUCACGGCCGGCGUCCUCCGUGGCGACAAGGGCCGGUUCCAACUCUUUGGUGACACCAUGAACUCCGCUGCCAGGAUGGAGUCCACAGGGGUCAAAGACAAAGUGCAAGUGUCCCAAGCAACAGCUGACCUGUUGUUUGCCAGCGGCAAAGGCAAGUGGCUGACCGAGAGAGAAGGCGGGGUCGAGGCCAAAGGGAAAGGCAAGAUGAAGACAUUCUUUUGCGAUAUCCGCGAGGAAUCCGUUGGUACAGGUUCCAUGACAAUGUCGACGACCAGCUUUGACGACACAGCGAUGGUUUCUUCUUCGUUCCAUAACGUACGAUCAAGUUCCGGCUCCACCUCCCAGAAGCAGAAUCUAUCAAGCCCAUCACUCUCCAGCCCCUCCACCCAACGCUUGAUUCAAUGGAAUGUUGACAUCCUGUCGAAGCUGUUGCGACGUGUCAUGGCCCGUGCUCAGUCGAAAUCUUCCAAGUCAACCAUCUCGAGGACUUUACAGAAGAACAUCCGAGGCUCUGCGAACUCAGGCACCCUCCUCGAUGAAGUGAAGGAAGUGCUCAAUCUCCCCAAGUUCGAUCCCAAGGUCUACACGAACCACGUGGACCCUGAAUCCAUUCAGUUGUCUGACGAGGUUAAGGCCCAGAUGAUUUCUUAUGUCACAGACAUUGCUGGGAUGUAUUCAGAGUCGAAUUCCUUCCAUUGUUUCGAUCAUGCUAGCCAUGUGAUGAUGUCCGUAAUCAAACUCAUGAGCCGCAUCAACUCUCCCAUCGAAGUGUCAAUGAACGAUGGUACCUCCAACCACAAGAUUGCCGAAAACUUGCAUGAUCAUACUUUCGGCAUCACUUCAGAUCCACUGACGCAAUUCUCGGUUGUACUGGCAGCGAUGAUACAUGAUGUUGACCAUCCUGGAGUUCCCAACUCGACGCUGGUAAGCGAGAAUGACCCAAUAUCAAUCAAGUACAGUGGGAAGAGUGUGGCGGAACAGAACUCUGUUGAGUUGGCAUGGGAACGCCUCAUGCUACCCCAAUAUGAAGCCUUGCGAGCCUGCAUCUACACCAAUGACGAGGAGCUCGAUCGGUUCCGACAGACCUUGCUACAAUUGGUGCUGGCAACAGAUGUCAUCGACAAAGACCUCGGAGCCAAACGCAAGGAUCGUUGGGCCAAAGCCUUUUCACCCGAAGGUGCUUCCGAAUCAGCAGAAACUAAGGAGGACGCCACCAACAGGAAGGCCACCAUCGUUUUGGAGCACCUGCUUCAAGCAAGCGAUGUGUCGCACACAAUGCAACACUGGCAGGUCUAUGUCAAGUGGAAUGAGCGCCUAUUCCAAGAGAUGUAUUCGGGAUACAAGGCUAGUAGACUUGCAAAGAAUCCUGCUGAGGCAUGGUAUGAAGGUGAACUCGGAUUCUUCGACUACUACAUCAUCCCCUUAGCGAAGAAGUUGGAGACUUGUGGCGUCUUUGGAGUGUCCAGCCAUGAAUACCUCUCCUACGCUUCAAUGAACAGGGAGGAGUGGAAAAACAAGGGAAGGGAUAUCGUCAAGCAGUACCUUGCCAACAUCAAGGCUGAGGAGGCGGGUCGAUUAGAAGGAUCUGAAGAGAGUUCCGUCGACACCGACGUCGACACCUUCACCGACGAAGUCGCAACAAACGACGCCGCACCUGGCCACAAGAUCUUCGAUGUUUAG